AUGUCCGAUAGUUUUAGAGAGGUUGCCAGAGAAGUUGAAAGGUUAGAAUGGGCAGACAGUGAGUCAUCCCUGGCAAUUUUGGAAAACUUUCGAUGUCCAAACCAUUACAAAUUGCCCAUACAAUAUUUCUGUUUGGACUGUUUGAUCCCUUGUGUGUGUAGCGAAUGCGCACUGUCAAGACACUCUAAUUGUAACGUCAAAACGCUACCGGAGGCCUUUUCAACUGUACUACAUGAGUAUGUACGCAAAUGGGCUGCUAAACUAUCUGCUAGAAAACAGAAUUUGGAAACUACCUUCCUAGAUCUAUUGGAGGAUAGGAAGGUAGAGUGGAGCGAGAAGCUGCAAAUUGCAAAAUUGCAAGUUUCAAAGAGUAAUUCACAAAUGACUCAAACUAUCAUGGAAUCAAAGGACAAAAUAACCAAUUUAUUCACUAAUAAGAUCACCGACUUUAUAUCGCAAUGUAAGAAGGAUGAGGACUUGACACUGAAUUUAACUAAACACUUACGAGACAAUGCAAGUAUGCUGAGAGACAGAACUUCUGGUAAAUAUAACGAUAUAGAAUUAUUAACAUUUUUUAACCAGAACGCAGAGAUGUUGAGGCGAAUUCUUUCAGGCCGUGAUGCCCAGUCAUCGUAUCUGAGAUUGGUACAAACGCCAUCGCAACGCGAGAGUGAACUUAAACGUAUAACAGCUCAGUUGGACAAUAUCCAAAGCACACUUGAAGAUGUUAGUGAAUUUGUUAAAAAUGCUACCACUUGUGUCAACUAA